GAGGAUGACAUGGAUGGAAUCCACAUCGUGGCCUUUGCUGAAGAAGAUGACCCAGAUGGUUUUGAGUUCCUGGAAAUCCUGAAGCAGGUUGCCAGGGACAACACCGAUAAUCCCGACCUGAGCAUUGUCUGGAUUGACCCCGACGACUUUCCUCUGCUGAUCACUUACUGGGAGAAGACCUUCAAGAUUGACCUGUUCAGACCACAGAUCGGGGUGGUGAACGUCACAGACGCUGACAGCAUCUGGAUGGAGAUCCGAGACGAUGAUGACCUGCCCACAGCCGAGGAGCUGGAGGACUGGAUAGAGGAUGUGCUUUCUGGGAAGAUAAACACUGAAGAUGAUGAUGACGAUGAAGAUGACGAUGAUGAUGACGAUGAUGACGAUGAUGAUGAUGAUGAUGACGAUGAUGAUGAUGAUGACGAUGAUGACGAUUAACUGUGACUCUGUGCAGUUUGACUUGUGGGGGCCGAGAGGCCUUCCCCUGCGGCAGGUCCCUCCAUCAGAAGACCUGUGUUUGAGCGUCAGCAAGCACCGCUGCUCCUCUUUCCCCCGUGCCCCGCUCCCCCUGCCCCUGCCCUUGCUGAGACCCCUCGGCCUGAUUCUCAGCGGUGCUGAGCCGCCAGGACUGCACCUGCAGG